GGUCAUGAAUUCGCUCCCCGCAGUGUUGCAAUAGUAGGUCAUUCCAUGGGUGGUCUUGUUGCAAGAGCACUAGUCAUUCUUAAACAUUUUAAACCAGAACUUCUCAAUAUUCUUAUUACUCAAGCGACACCCCAUGUUGCACCUGUGUUGCCUUUAGAUCAAUAUCUUGCUGAUUUUUACACAACUGUGAACCAUAACUGGAUUCAGAAGGCUCAAGAAAUAAGGAAUCUAACAACCCUUUCUGUAGCAGGAGGAUUUCGAGAUUAUCAAGUUCGCUCUGGAUUGGCUUUUCUGCCCAGUUCAAGUAGUCAGAAUUGUGCUUUAUCUGUUGUGAGUUCAGCAGUUCCUCGAGUCUGGGUUUCCACAGAUCAUCUUUCCAUUGUUUGGUGUAAGGAAUUGAACUUGGCUACUGUCAGAGCAUUUUUUGACCUUAUUGACGACAAUACUAAACAGAUAUCAGAAAAUCCCCAAAGAAAAGUUCUGGUCCUAAAUCACCAUUUUUUAAAAUAUCCAGGAAAACUCUUUGAAGAAAGACCUGAAUCACUUACUGAGUUAACAGAAACAUCAAUUUGGAUCAACGUAAAAGCUUCAAAAUGGUCCUACAAAGGAUUCAAUGAAUCAGAUGGAAAAUAUUUUAUUUUUUCCCUCUCAAACCAAAGAAAAUCAUACACUCAUAUUUACUGCCAAAACAGUAUGUUGGAUACAACUAGCUGGAUAUAUGGUUGUGCAAACAGUACUUCAUCGAAGUGUUUGCAAGCGAUUGACUUGUCUUGGAAUGCUGAGUUACUACCAACAGUUAAGAUUGUGACUUUGAAACUUCAGGAUUAUCCAUCUUUGACUCAUAUUGUGCUUCACGUACCAGUAGUUAAUGGUAUCAAGUUUACUUUAGACUGUGAGUUCUUUAAUGAAGUUUCAAGAAUAGUGGAACUCCCUGUAACCCAUCUUUUUACUUUUGGGUUUUCUUCAAGCAAAAUCAUACUAAAUUCAACUGGCCUUAUUCACAUUGUUCAGCUCCAACAUUUUGGUCAGAUAUAUCAGGCUUUUAGGAUCUUUAUAGAGAGUAAAUGCCAGAUUCUCAAAGAAAGAAAACCCAGUGUGUAUCGACUUCAUAUACCAUGGUCACACGAAGAUUCUUUAACUUUGUCACAGGAUCCUUUGACUGAGAUUUCUGCAAAAUUGCACAUUGCACAGCCUGAAAAUGACUCUACAGUUCCUUUGUUGAAAAUUUAUUCAUCUUCAGAUUGUCAAUAUGAAGUAACUGUCAAGACCUCUUUUCUGCAGGUCCUUGGUCAGGUGAUAAGAUUCCACGGUGGCAUUCUUCCUAUGUACAUUAUUUCUAAUAUUCUUCUUGCCUACAGAAGACAAUUAAGGUCCCUAGUGUCAACAGGUCAGUGUUCUGACUUUGUUCCUGCCCUUACUAAGGCAGCUAAGCCUUAUAAAGUAGAGCCCAUAGCAUAUAUGAUUAAGUUCUUGUUGGGACUUAGCUGGCUUAAAGGACUCAGGAAUUCAGAGUUGGAUCGUGUGACAGUGAACAACCAAGACUCGUGGUUUCCUUUGGUAUCCCUGAUUCUCUUUAUGUUUGGGACUGGCAUAGCCUAUUGGGGUGGCAUACUUCUUGAUUCAUCAAUAAGGCUCUUAUCUUCAUUGCACUUAGUUUUGACAAGACCCUCUGGACUUCCAUCUCACAACAAUCUCAUUACCCGAUUAAGGUUUUGUGUUGCAGUUUCAAUGGUUUUUCUUAGCUGGACUACCUGUGGAGCGCUGGCAAUAAUGAUGACUUAUUUUCAUUAUAUAUUCAAGGUUGUUAAUUUCCAUUCAAAUUUAAGAUCUGAACUAAGUGUUGGUAAUGUGGUAAGUCUGUUUAUUUAUCCCAUAAAGAACCUAGAACCUAAAUCAGAAGAUUCAAAAAUCGAAGGGGAGAACAGCUGCAGAUCAGAGAAUUGCCUUUCAGAAUCAAGAAACUCACCCAGCACCACCAUGGCCAAUGACAGCAUUAUAGAUAGCCUUAAAAUGCAUGUCACGGUCAUCAACUUAACCACAUGGAUUGUGCUUCUUAGUUGUCCAUCUUUAAUUUAUUGGCUAGAAAAUAUCAGAUACCAUAUCAGACUUGAUCCUGAUCCAUGUAGACUUGUUGCUGUUAUUCUGAUAAUUAUUUUGAGUAUACUCAUGAAUACAAGUACUACAAAACUUAAAUCAAGUAAAUUAUUGAAGAUUGCAGCAUAUUUUCCACUUCUUUUCUCUGUUGCUGCUGUAGUUUUUGCGCCUGUUUAUUUAUAUCAAAUGCCAUACUUUGUAAUAAUUCCUCUUUUUUUACAUUCAUUAUGCAGCAUUGUGUAA